UUUAGAAGAAAUACUUUUUUUUGGUAGAGGCGGAAAAAGCGAAAAUUAUCGAGUCCACAAUAUCAUCAUAAACGUGUUUUUUCUCCACCUGCAAAAAAACGAUGGAAGCGAUCCACUGCGCUUAUCUGUCGGAUUAUUCUAUCUUUAAACCAACCCAAUACGAGAUCAAUCAAAUUCCUUGCAAUUUUUUUUUUCCAAUUCUUAUUUUUAUUAUUACCUUCUUCUAUUCAAUACAGCUACGCUCUCUCUCCGCUUCUCUUUCUGCCUCUUUUUCUCAAUCUUUAUUUGGUGGUGUUUUUGUUCUCCUCAUCGCGUUCUUCCUUGACAAAUCCCACCGCACAUCUCGUCUUCUGUUGGGGUUUUCUUUUUUCAUUGCUUGGUUCGUUUCUUCUCCACGCAAGAUACCAAAUUCCUCUUUUCCGCAUCCACGGGGCGGUAUAAAUUAAUGCGUCAAGUAAUUCGCUCCAUCCAGUUUUACCGUAAAAGAAACCCUAAUCGCUAGUUCGAGUUCCAGAUCUAGGGUUUCGGCCAAUUCGGCCAAUGAUGGAGAUCGCCGAUAGCGGGGAUGGAAAUCCACCGCCGGAAGGCUGGAAGAAGCUUCCCGAGGGUGGCGAGGACAAGCCGCCUAAGCGUAAGAUGAAGAGUCCCUACCAGUUAGAGAUCCUUGAGAAGACUUAUGCCGUGGAGACUUACCCGUCGGAGACGGUGAGGGCGGAGCUGUCGGCAAAGACUGGGCUUUCCGAUCGGCAGCUUCAGAUGUGGUUUUGCCACCGGAGGCUUAAGGACCGGAAGUUUGCCCCAGGGAAGAAGGCAAAGAAGGUGGAGGAGCCUCUGUCGCCUCCGCCAUCAGGGAGGGAGAUGAUUGCACCGCCUGGGAAAUCAUCUAUCUGCCCUAGUUCAAUCCCCUUUCCUGUAGGCAGCGGGGAACUGAGAAAGGCCGUUGCAAGGGUGUCACCGGGGGUCUCUAGAAUUGGGGCUGAGGUUUCAUUAGGUAAGAGGUACUAUGAACAGCCUAUCCUGGUUCCGCAACCGCGACAACUAUCAGUUUUGGAGCUCCGAAUCAUUGCGUCGGUAGAGGGACAGCUCGGGGAGCCACUUAGGGAUGAUGGCCCAAUUCUUGGUGUCGAGUUUGAUCCGUUGCCCCCGGGAGCAUUUGGUGCGCCUAUUGAAUCUGAGACGCCUGCUCAUUCAACUCAUGUACAUGCUUCAAGUCUUCAAUUUUUGGAUAGACUCGAGAGUUCAGGACUGUCAACCCAGGGAAAGCAACUCGUUCGAUCUUAUGAUGGGAAGUCAAUGAAGACUUCAGCAUUCUUGCCUAGCAUGGACCAGUCCUUUUUGCCUAGUUCAUUAACUGGGAAAAGAAAAAUCGCAGGCAGUGGGGUUCAUGCAGUUCAUCCACAGGUGCCUCCCAGGACGCUUCAGGAGUAUCAGUUCCUUCCAGAGCAGCCAAGCAUCCGAUCUGAGUCAUAUGAAAGGGUGCCCCAAUCUCAUUUUUAUGACUCUCCUGUUGCUGCUCCAAGUUCUCGAAUGCCAUCUUUACCUGCAGGAAGCCAAUAUCUGCAUGGAAAUGAUCAUGUUGCACCUACUUACACUUUCCAAGGUCACAUUUCAAGCUCUGGCCUUCUAUCACAACAAGCUAGGGAGCAGCUUUAUACAAAUGAAUAUGACACUGCUCCGCAUGGAAGUCCUUUUGGAAAUAGCACAGCUGAUCCUCAAUUUGGCAUCCACCAAUCCUUGGGGCUGGAAGACCCAUUUUCAUCAUCUGAGAGGAGGAUCAUCCGAGAAGAAGAUUCAUGUCGAACUGAUAGAAAACGCAAGAGUGAAGAAGCAAGGAUUGCAAAGGAAGUUGAAGCACAUGAGAAAAGGAUUAGGAAAGAGCUGGAAAAGCAGGAUAGCCUUAGAAGAAAGAGAGAAGAGCUUAUGCGAAGAGAAAUGGAGAGACUUGAUCGUGAUAGAAGAAAGGAAGAAGAGAGAAUGUUGCGGGAAAAGCAGCGUGAGGAGGAGAGGUUUUUGAGGGAGCAAAGGCGUGAGACUGAGCGUAGGGAGAAGAUCUUACUUAAAGAAAGUCGCCGGGCAGAGAAGCUUAGGCGGAAAGAAGAAUUGCGAAAGGAAAAGGAAGCAGCAAGACUCAAGGCUGCUAAUGAGAGAGCUACUGCUCGCAGGAUUGCCAAGGAGUCUAUGGAGUUGAUUGAAGAUGAACGCUUAGAAUUGAUGGAGCUAGCAGCAUCUAGGAAAGGCUUAGCUUCAAUAGUUUCAUUGGAUGGUGAAACUCUUGAGCAACUUGAUUCUUUUAGAGGAUUGUUGAAUACAUUUCCUCCAAAGUCAGUUAAAUUGAAAAAGCCCUUUUCAGUUCAACCUUGGAUUGACUCUGAGGAGAAUGUGGGAAAUUUUCUUAUGGCUUGGAAGUUUUUAAUUACAUUUGCUGAUACCCUUGGACUUUGGCCAUUCACCCUGGAUGAGUUUCUUCAAUCCCUUCAUGAUUAUGAUUCACGGUUGUUGGGAGAAAUACAUGUUGCAUUGCUUAAAUCUGUUAUUAAAGAUAUUGAGGAAUUUUCAAGGACUCCAGCUGUUGCACCAGGAGUUAAUCAAAAUAGUGUUGCUAAUCCUGGUGGAGGUCAUCCACAUAUUGUUGAGGGGGCCUAUGCUUGGGGUUUCAAUAUCUGCAGUUGGCAGCAACACUUGAAUUACUUUACAUGGCCUGAAAUAUUACGACAGUUUGCUCUUUCGGCUGGUUUCGGUCCUCAAUUGAAGAAAAGAAAUGUUGAACGGACAUAUUUCCGCGAUGGCCAUGAGGGUAAUGAUGGGGAGGAUGUUAUAUCAACUUUACGGAAUGGUGCAGCUGCUGAAAAUGCUGUUGCUUUGAUGCAAGUAAGAGGAUACAAUCACAGGCGUAGGCCUCGCCACCGGUUGACCCCUGGGACUGUCAAAUUUGCAGCAUUUUAUGUUCUUUCCCUUGAAGGAAGCAAAGGCUUAACAAUACUAGAAGUUGCAGAGAAGAUUCAGAAAUCUGGAUUGAGAGACCUUACAACCAGCAAAACUCCAGAGGCAUCCAUAGCUGCAGCAUUGUCACGGGAUACAAAGCUUUUUGAAAGAACUGCUCCUUCAACUUACUGCGUACGCACUGCAUUCAGAAAAAAUCCUGUUGAUGCUGAAGCAGUACUUGCAGCUGCCAGGGAAAAAAUACAAAUAUUUCAGUGUGGGCUUUCAGACUCUGAUGAAGUUGAGAAAGAUGCAGAAGAUGUGGAUGAUGGUGAAAGGGAUGAAGAUUCUGAAUUUGAGGGUGCUGAUGAUCCUGAGGUUGAUGAUUGCAGUGUGGAAGUAAAGAUGAACAAGGAUUUGCCUUGUAUGACUAAAUUAAAAGGAGUUGUACCAUCAAAUUCCGUGAAUAAUAAAAAGAAGGAAAUUCUCUGUGAUGGUAUUGUGCUAACGCCACCCUGCAGUUUAAGAAAUUCUGAUAAAGAUUUUCAAGUGGAUACUCUAGUACAUUCCAACCAAGCAUCCAUUUCAGGCGCCAUUAAAUCAACUGAGAUCAGUUCAAACUGCAAUGGAGGGCGGAAUACUAAUAUGGAAGAUGCAGAAAUUGAUGAAAGCAACUUGGGUGAUCCAUGGGUUCAGGGUCUAACAGAAGGUGAUUAUACUGAUCUAAGUGUUGAGGAGCGCCUUAAUGCAUUGGUCGCUUUAAUUGGUGUGGCUAUUGAGGGAAACUCAAUACGUGUAAUUCUGGAGGAACGCUUAGAAGCAGCAACUGCUCUUAAGAAGCAGAUGUGGGCUGAAGCACAACUUGACAAAAGGCGGUAUAAAGAAGAAUAUUUGAACAAAUCACAGUAUUCUUCUUUCUUGAAUUGCAAGCCUGAGUCUACCCAAGUAAUCGUUGGUACAGAAGGAAGUCAGACUCCUCUGCAACUUCCUUAUACCAAGGAAAGUGAUGGAAACCUAGAAUUUCUCAGCAAUGAUCAAUUUCCUGAUGUAAGUAAUCUUAAUAAUAUUCAUAAUAUGUCAACUGAGAGGCAUGUAUUAGGACAAGAACUUUCCACAAAUCCCGACUCCUUUCCACUUCAACAUUAUGGGCAUGCUGCAGAGAAGCCACGCUUUCAGUUAAAGUCAUAUAUUGGUCAUAAGGCAGAACAACUUUACGUGUAUAGGUCUUUACCACUAGGUCAAGAUCGCAGGCGUAACAGAUACUGGCUAUUUUCGACUUCUACAUCUCCCAAUGAUCCUGGCUCUGGAAGAAUCUUUUUUGAGUCUAAAGAUGGUUUCUGGAGGUUAAUUGAUUCAGAGGAGACUUUUGAUACUCUUUUGGCUGCUCUUGAUACACGUGGGAUAAGGGAAUCGCAUCUGCAUUCUAUGUUGCAAAGAAUUGAGACAACCUUCAAAGAAGCCCUGACAAGGCAUAAAAAACAUUUCCCUUCAACAAACACAAAUGAAUUUCUUUUUAAUGGAGGGUCCAAUGAAUUGAUUCCUAGUCCAGAUUGUUAUGCUGAGCACGAUAGUCCUAGUAGUGUACACAGUGGUGUGACCUCUGACACCAUAGAGUACUCCAAAUCUUUCAGGGUUGAUUUGGGGCGGAGUAAGAUGGAGAGAAAUUCAGCACUAAAGAGAUACCGGGUUUUCAUUAAAUGGAUGUGGAAAGAAUGUUACAACUCUCUUGUUUUAUGUGCCAUGAGGUAUGGUAAGAAAAGAUGUUCAGAGCUACUGCAAACAUGCCACAUUUGUUAUCAGUCUUACUUCAUGGAAGAAAGGCACUGUACCUCUUGCCACAGAAUGUUCAAAUCCAUCCAUAAGGGUGAUGCUAUGUUUGCAGAGCAUAUUGCUAUUUGUAUAACAAAAAGGAAAACAGACAAAGAAUCCGAAAGCCAAAUACUUGAUUCCUCACUUCCUAUGGGUGUCCGUUUACUAAAGGCACAAUUGUCCUUGAUUGAGGUUUCUAUUCCUGCAGAGGCUCUUCAGCCUUUCUGGACAGAGGGUUAUCGAAAGUCAUGGGGUGUCAAGCUAAAUUCGGCAUCAUCUGCUGAUGAUUUUCUUCAGCUUUUGACACUAUUAGAGGGUGCAAUAAAGAGAGACCACUUAUCAUCAAAUUUUGAAACAACAAAUGAACUGUUAAGUUCAGCUAAAGCUUCUUCUGCAGCUAAUAACACAUUAAUUUCGGGAUCUGUACCUGUACUUCCAUGGAUACCUGAUACUACUUCAGCUGUUGCAUUAAGACUUAUGGAGCUUGAUGCAUCAAUUUCUUAUAUGCCUCAACAAAAGUCAAUGUCUCAGAAAGAAGGGAAUUCUCAAGAUUUCUUUAAGCCUUCAAGGUUUACAAUUGUCAAGAACCUUCAUGAGUUUGAACCGGCAGGAACUCCAUUGCAACUUGAUUAUCAGAGAGAAGGGAGGUGGCUUGAUUCUGGCAGUGGUCGUAGAGGUCGUGGGAGAGGUGGCAGAGGUGGUCGUGUUGGACGGGGUAGGGGUAGAGGUGGUAGGGGAACAAGAGCAAGUGCUAUUGUUUCCAGAGCAGAGUUCAAUAUAGAGAACAUCAAUAGUCUGGACAAGACACGAAAGUACAGUAGAAGAGGGCGGACCCGUGGACGAGGUCGUAGACGUGGACGGCGAUCAGUUAGGCCCCGUCAAAGGUCUGUAAACCAGGCACCAACUUCCAGGGCAGCUUUUUUUCAUGGCUUUGGUGAUGUUGGUGCUUGCAGUAAAGAAGAAAGUGCUGAAGAGUCUCUGAGAAGCUCAGGCGGUGAUGAGUGGGGUAUAGAAGCUCGAACUUAUAACAAGCAAGAUGAAAACAGUGCUGGUUCCCAAUCUGAUGAUGAUAAUGAGCAAGCUUCAGGAGAUGAGUAUGAUGAUCAGGUCACAGAAUACAGUACACGCUACAAUCAACCCAGUCCUAUGGGAAUUAUGGAUGAUGAAAGUGAAGACGAGGAAGUGGAUGAGGAUGUAGGUGAAGAAGAAGAUUAUGGUGACCAAGCUACACUUGAAGACAUGGACGGUGAUGUUGAUGAGGAAGAUGAAGAGAUGGGUGAUGAUGACGAAAUGACUGAUGCUGACGAUGGUAAUGGGGAUGAAGAUGAAGGUCCAUCGUCAUUCUCUUCAGGUUAUAGUGAUUAGGAGGAAGUCAAUGGUGCAAGACAUUAUUCUUUUGGUUUUUGUUUCUUCUUGCUGCCAUUUUCAGUUAUAGAAGAAAUUGGCUCUCUGGUGGCAUAGAAAAAUUGCCACUGUGACAGGUCGAGGCUUGUUUUUGAAUAUAAGAACAAAAGUUGGAUGGGAGUACGUUUUAUCAACUAGAGAGCCACAAAAGUCGGUGAGAAGGCGUUCUCCUUAGUAGAGCUUUCCACAAUUUCCUGCACUGCAAUGCAAGAAGAAUGCUGCCUACGAAGUAAUGCAGGAAUUUUGUUAUCAACACUAAAUUGUUUAGGUGCAACUGCAAUAUCUCAAAUUGUUGAUGUAUUUAAUGUUAGAAAAUCUAAUUUGUAUCUUCUUUCUCAUGACAUCAACUUUUGGAAUGAUUUAUAUUAACCGACAAAAUUUUAUAAUAGAAAUGCUAUUGGAGUUAAAUCUGUGGUGAUUUCAUCCAAUAUAUUAAUGUA